AUGCCCGCAUCGCGCGGAUGGCAUCCACGGCAUCUAUGGCCCCCAUGGCGUCAUGCCAACGAGAUAUCCAAGAAGGACGAUGACCUCCCCUUACCCAGGCACUCCAAACAUGGCCGUAGCUACGGUGCGCAGUGGCAGUCGGCUAGAAUGCCACGCCGGACCUGGGUGAAACGCCUUGCAGCAUAUGCGCUUGUCAUAGUUUUUCUUGUAUAUCUCUUCAACCGCGCCCAUUCGCCAAGUUCGUCUGCCCUACCGGGAAGCAGAGACGAUCCCGACGCCGUCGCAGCCGCUUACAAGGAGCGCUUUGAUCCAGCCCGGACGGCGCAUCUUGACGGUGCGCCUAAGAAGCCAUCGCCUCCGCACCAGCCGCCACCUGCAGAGGUCGAUGGCCAACAGAAAGGCAUUUCAUCGCCGAAUGAGUCCAUUGAUGAAGAAAGCAAGGAAGGUCACAAGCCUGACAACGGCCGUGCCAAGUCUCCUCCCAAAUAUGACGGCCCAAUACGGUAUCCUGCACUGGCUUCGUCACUGGGAGCCAUCGCGUCGACCGGCGGAGAUUCACCCCAUAAUCGCAACGUCCUAUUUGCAGCUGCCAGUCUCAAAAGUGUUUCUACCUUGCUACCUAUGGCAUGCGAAAUGGGAAUCGAGCGCCAGAGCUAUGUUCAUUUUGCCUUUAUCGGCACGGCGGAUAUUGCGAUGCAGGACCUCCUCAAGGUCAAUGGUAUCGACAAGACGUGCCCGCUUAUUUUACAUGAUGCUCGCCCAGACCACUCCCAAAUGUCGACUGAGAGUCGCAUGUCCUUGGCCAUUGUGAAAGCACUGUAUUCCACAAACGCAGAAGAAAGCUACUUCCUCCGCGCGGUCCGAGACCAGGUUUCGUCCACGCAAUCUGCUCUGAUAGAGCUACCCGAGCAAUCUCGAACAAGUCUCGCGUGGAUAUCCAAACUAGAUUCAGCAGCUCUGUCAGCUUGGAAUGAUGUUCGAUUUGAUAUCUUGAUUCAUGCAGCACCCACCGGUACAGCAAACCUCGAGAGGCUGCUCAGGUCGAUUGCAAGGGCAGACUUUGCUGGUAUUCAGACCCCACACAUUACCGUCGAGCUUCCUUAUGUCGUGGAUGCGCCGUUGGAGUCCUAUCUUGCAAACUUCAAAUGGCCGCGUCCAACUCCAUCUGACGGACAAAGACCACAGAUGAUUUCACUCCGUCGCCGAAUUACGCGACAGCUGAUGGAAGAGGAAGAUAGUUCUGUGCGCUUCGUCGAAUCGUUCUGGCCAACUGACCCUCGGCGCUCUCAUGUUUUGGUGCUAGCUUCUCAUACAGAGCUUACGCCCCAAUUCUUCCAAUACGUGAAAUAUUCACUUUUGUAUCAGCUUCACUCAAAAUUUGCUCGGAUGGAAGAUUACCACGCAAGCCUACUGGGCAUCAGCCUCUCAGUACCAACUACGCUAAUAGACGGAUCCCAGCCCUUCACACCUCCCAAGCCAGUCCACGGCGACAAAGACGAGCCGGGUGAGACCGCCUUCUUGUGGCAGCGGCCCAACAGCGAGGCCAUGGUGUUUUUGGGCGGAAAAUGGGUAGAGCUUCAUCACUUCGUGGCGCAAACACUCUACAAGAAACGAUCAAUGUCUUCAACACCCGCCCUGCUGGCAAAGAAGCAGGCCAGCAAGGAAUAUCCCGCAUGGCUGGAAUAUGCUCUGCGGCUGUCACGCGUAAGAGGAUACUUUACACUGUAUCCUAGCCGAGAGACGGCGAAAGCUAUCAUCGGCGUGCAUAGCGACGUUCCCGAUGCACCAGAGGAAUACUCAAAGGAUGAAUCGAGACCAAAGUCGCCCAAAGACUACUCAGACAAAGUGGACGAGGAUUUUGACCCAGUAUCUCCAGUCGACAUGUUGGAGACCCUACCUCACAAUGGGGAGCUGCAAUCACCCGGCCCCCUACCACUAUUGUCGUGGGAUGGCCAGGCUAAGACGAAAGACAGCAUUGCCGAGGAUGCAGGUGAGUACACUACAUUGUUCCGGAGAGAGGUUGGUGAGUGCGGGGAGGACUAUUUGAAGAAUCAUCCCAUUGCAAACAACAUGGCGGAGGACCUAUUUUGUAAACCCAAGGCGUGA